GGCGACUCUCCUUGUCAAAACCGGUUUAAAAGGAGUUCCGAAAGUGCUUCAAAGAAGAUUCAAUCAUUGCUUUGGAGUAUGCCGAAGGAAGAAAAACAUCUCAAGGCGUUACGCCUGUUAAAGAAAGAGAAAAAGAAUAGACGAAUUCUAGAUCAGCCUCAUAAAAUAUAUUGGCAGGUGAUGGGAGCUGGAGGUCCGGGUGCACCAACCUCUUUAUUUCUCUUUACAGAUUUUCAAGGAUAUUUCUUCAACUGUGGAGAGGGAAGUCAAAGGAUGGUAAGUCUCAUAGUCCGUUGUAAAAACAAUUAAAAAAUUAUUUAUUUA